UCAAAUCUGAACUCUCAACCUCCUCGCCUUCGCUUUCGCCCUCAUCGUCGUCGUCGUCAACGUUUUAACCACCGUCGCGUCGCCGCCGCCGCCUGCCUCGCCACGGGCGCGUGUUCGCCGUACAAUUUAACCGAUUUCCUCUCUUUAUUUUUUCUUCUUAUAACCAAACCAAUUACUUCAUCAUAACUUUCGUGUAUUGUAGUUGUUGGUUCUCUCGCAAAAAUAAUUCUGUCUCCAAUUUUUAACUUGAGCAAAAGCUUUACAACACCAGAAAACAGAAGCUUUAACGCUUCUCCAUCCCCAGAGCACAAAAUCUAUCAGCUCUAAAAGAUUCAAUUCGAGUUUUUCAUCAUCAUCUGGUCGAAACUUUUCGGAGAAGAACAAAAAAUAAUAUUCCGCACCCGUAUACGCAGUUGGUUGUUAUAGCGGUUAUCUUAAAAUUUUUAUAAAAUUAAAUUAAAUUUUUUAAAAAUAUAUUCUUAACAUAAAACGGGAGUGGUUGUGUCCUUGAUAUUGAUAUUUCUUUAAAUUUUACCAUCGUCAUUUUUUUGAGAAUCAAAAAGAGAAAAAAGAAGAAAAACUAUUCAAAGGAAUCUCGGGAUUUUGGAAAUUUAGAAAAUUUAGUGCCGGGUCAAUAAUCGUGUGUGCCAUUCACCACCACAAAAUUCAAGGAUACCAAAGGAAGCAAACUAAAUCAGCAAAUAUGCAAUCGUUGUUAGUAGCAAGUGCAGUUUUGCUAAUGUUCACAGUCCAACAAGGAUCGGCAAUUCAAUGCUUUGUGUGCAACAGUCAUAAAGAUGCUAACUGCAACCUUGACAUCCCACCUGAUAAUCUCUUGAAGGACUGUCGCCAAGAAUAUUCAUCACGGGAACAGGGUCUAUCGAUCUUCUGCAGGAAGAUUAGUCAAGUCAUUGAAUUCUCUGUCAAUGGAUUGCCCCCAGAUACCCGUGUUAUUCGAACCUGCGGUUUCCUCAAUCAAACCAGCUACAACUACUGUUACUCACGUGCUGGAUUUGGCGGACGUCAAGUUGUCUGCUCCUGCGACCAGGAUCGUUGCAACGGCAGCGGUGCUCUAAAUUCGUCAUUUUUAAUAAUGGCCGCUUCGAUCUUAUGUGGACUCUUUGUGAUGUUUACUAAACGCGUUUAAUUAUUUAUUUAAAUUUUGUUACACAAACGAUAAACCAAUUUUUGGGCUUUAAAUUUGUCUUUAUUAUUUCUUUUUGUUUUUCUUUCUUACGGAUAAGUUUUACAAAAACUUUAAUUUUUGAAGGAAAAAUAUUUAAAAAAAAAAUAAAACAAAAAAACAAAAAUCGAUAAAACAACAGAAUUUUGAAAAAUGUAUAAAGAAUGUCCUUUUUUAACAUAGAAAUAUUUUGUAUCUUAUAUUAUUUGAACCUUUCCACCAAGCACAAAUAAAUUAUGCAGAACUUAUAUAAUUUAAGGAUAAUAAAAUACAUUUUUAAACUUAACAAAACAAACAAAAAAAAUACAAAUUUAUAUUACAAUCUUCAAAAAAAAAAAAAAACAAAGUAAUUUGUAUCCUUUUAUUGCAAAAAAAAAACAACAACAAAAAAAGAAGAAACAAAUAAAAACAUAAACAGCUGAACCAAAGAAAUUGAAUAAUUAAAAACUACAUUUUAUAGUGAAUUAAAUAAAAAAUCGAUAGUCACAAAAGCAAAAAAUAAAAUUUCAUUAAAAGUUUCAAAGAAAUUACAAAAAAUACUUUUUGUAUAUAUAAAAAAAAAAUUAAUAAAUUAUAUAGAUAAUAAAAUAAGUCUUAAACAUUUCCCUAAACAUUUAUUUAAUUCUUCUUUAAUUUGCAAUUAAUCAAUGGGUGAUCUUUUUUGGAGAGUUUUCAGCUUAAGAUAAGAAGGCAUUUAUAUGAAAGAAAAAUAUACAACCACCACCGUAUAACUCAAUCAAAAUACCACCAAAAACCGUUAAACGCAAACGAUCUAACUCGAAAUAUCUUAAGCUGAAAAGGACCUCAUACAAAAAGGACCCCGUAAAAGUUGCUUAAAAAAUGCUGUAGAAAAAAAAGAUAAAUCUUACAAAUUGUUUAAAUGUAGCUUUUAGCAUAAAUAAAUAAAUAUAAAAAAAAACUUAAAUUGUUAAAUUUUAAUUAUAAAAAGUUAGUUAUUAAAAAAAAAAAACAAAUAUAGAUAUUUAUAGACAAAUAAAGUAAAUUGCAAAUGCAGCUAAUACCAAAAAUUAAUCGUAGGUUAUAGAAAAAUAAACAUGAAAAAACAACAGGUCCUUCAAAAAAAACAAAAUUCAAGGACCUCCGUUUAAGUUUUAACACUUUUAACUUUUACUUUAACUUUAAAAAAAGCAAAAUAUUAAAUCUCUUUCGUGUCUGAGAAAAAAAAUUAAAAUGAAAAUGACUAUGAAUGUUCUUAUAUAUAAAUGUAAUUCUAUUACUUUUAUUUUUAUUGUAAUAAUAAUAUAAGUAAUAGCUGUAUUAUGUAUUUAAAGAAAAAACAAAAACAAACAUUUUGCACUAACUUAAUCGAAGUACUAAACUAACUAAAGUCGAAAAAUCCUUUGCAGAGAGAACCAAAAUGAAUUAAAUAACUGCUCUAUGUUAUAUAUUUAUAUAAAUAUAUAUACUCGUACAUUUAUAUAUACUAGAUACAACAAGAAUAAAAUUGCAUGAAAUUCUUUUUGAAUAUAAUAACUGCCAGUGUUUUAUCAUCAUUGCAUUCAUUUUGUUUUUUUAAAUUUAAAUUUUAAAUUUAAAUCAAUACCAGACAUACUAAAUAAUAUAAAAUAUUAUAAAUGAAGAAGAAAAAAAACAGUUAUAAUAUAAUAUAUAUACAUAUAUACAAAGUCAAAAACAAAAUAUAUAUAUAUAUGUAUAUGAACAAAUAUUUAUUGCUAUUAUUGUGUUAGUAGGAUUGAAAGGAUAAUGGAAAAAUUUGAAAUCUUUGGGAUAAAGCAAUAAAGAAUUUUGUUGUUUUAUUCGAUAUAAAAUAAAAUUGUGUUUUAUUAAAGAAAAAAACAAAAUAAAUGUCAUGCUUUGCUUUCAAUUUACUAUUAA